AUGUCAGGACCAAAUCUAUCAAAUCCGUCAUCCCCACCUUUGCAAGGAAGUUCGUGCAGACGUCGCAAACAAACGAUCACCCUGGAAGACGAUGAAUUGCUCACCUGGGAGUCUCUGGCAAGUCGAGCGGGCUUCCUCUAUAAACAAGGAAAAUGGCAAGGACAACCUAAUGUCAAUGCUUGCCUGAAGGCCAUAGGUAGAUCUCCUGAGUUGUUGCUUCGAAUCUUACAAGAGUAUGAGGAGCAGAGAGGUUUUAGUCAUCAUGUGGAUGAAGCCAUACGCGAAGGGAUUAUUUCCGACUCUGAUGAACCAAUUCCGGCUUGUUACGAUUCUAUCAAAGAUCCAAAAGUGAAAACAGCGAUUCUGAAGAAGAUCCAGGGUGACACUGAUGAGGACCUUCUAGAUGUGGUCACGAAGAAGGUAGAUCGGCACUUUGCGUCACACAAGGCCAAUUGUCGAGUGAAAUGGGGACAUUUUGCUGAUCUAUUUCACCACCAGUGUGAGGAUGACUCUGGACAGGAAGCGGCCGAGGGGCCUCGAAAGCAGAAGAAGUGCAAAACUUCGAAAUACGAUAGCCUUACGUUCUUUGAAGGCAUUCUGAGCAGUCAAGCCUUCAAGACAGUCAUAAAAAAUGAACUUGCCACGAAUAAGGAGCUUCAAAACUGCCUGAAACCUGCGGUCAGGCAAAUGAUGCCGAGCGCGCGAGAGGCAGCAGUUGCCCUGACAGCAAACGGUAUAACGAAAUCGCAGUACCAAGGAUUCUGUCGUGCAAACGAUAGCAUGGCUGGCUGCUUUAUUCCAAUGCCAAAAAUAUCACGGGUUAGAGUACAAGAGAAGCAUGCGAUGUGCGAAAGAUUCAAACUGUUCUGUUUGCCAGAUGGGACACAUUGUCUCGGCCUCCUUCAACUUGUCGAAGAGUGGAUUGAUAUCUUCAAACUUCACGGGAAGCAUCGCCUUGUUAUCACGAUCAACUAUGACUGUGCAACAAUGACUUUCUCGGCUGGCAAUCCUCAGAAGGCAACUGAAGUCACCAUUUCCAUUUUCCCUUACGGCGUAGACUGUUCGAAGAAAGAAUGGAAAUUCUGGCAAAAGCUUGUCCGAAGUUCAUCAUGCCUUAUGACGAUGUCCUACAUUCCAUAUGGAGACAGUCCUGAGGUUUUUCAGAGGACUGUGAGAGCUGCAUAUGAUCAAGUUAUUGAUCUCUUGAAGGAGAAAGGUAUUCACGUCUACAACAAUCAAGCACCAGGCUACUUUUGCUAA